AUGUCUGACCACGAAGCUCCAGUCGAAGUGCAAGAAGAGUUCGAAGUCGUUGAGGAAUUCACCCCUGUCGAAUUGGCCACCGCCAUUCCAGAAGACGUGCAAAAGGCCCAGAACGAGAUCAAAUUGUUCAACAAAUGGUCUUUCGAGGACGUCGAGGUUAAGGACGCCUCUUUGGUGGACUACGUGCAGAUCGGCCAGUCCAUCUUUGUGCCCCACACCGCCGGCCGUUACGCCAACAAGAGAUUCAGAAAGGCCCAGUGCCCUAUCAUCGAGAGAUUGACCAACUCCUUGAUGAUGAACGGUAGAAACAACGGUAAGAAGUUGAAGGCCGUCAGAAUCGUCAAGCACACUUUGGACAUCAUCAACGUGUUGACCGACCAAAACCCAUUGCAAGUCGUUGUCGACGCUGUCACCAACACCGGUCCAAGAGAAGACACCACCAGAGUUGGUGGUGGUGGUGCCGCUAGACGUCAAGCCGUCGAUGUCUCUCCUUUGAGAAGAGUCAACCAAGCCAUCGCUUUGUUGACCAUCGGUGCCAGAGAAGCCUCUUUCAGAAACAUCAAGACUAUUGCCGAAACUUUGGCCGAAGAAUUGAUUAACGCUGCCAAGGGUUCUUCCACUUCUUACGCCAUCAAGAAGAAGGACGAAUUGGAACGUGUCGCCAAGUCUAACCGUUAA